CGGGGCGGGGCGAGAGCCGGUGCCUCGUUGGGCUGAUGCUGGGCGCGAGGAGGGCCAUGGUCGAAGGAGUCUUGAGUGAAGGAAGCGAGGCUGCCCCGUAGGAAGGAGAAAUCGAUGGCGUUCCAAUUUGGCUUUGUAUUCUGCUGAUUCGUUGAGUUGUUUUGUGGAUGGGUGGAACCCGCUGUUCGUUCAGACACGCUUGACUACGAGAUGGGGGAUGUAGCGAUCAUUGAGGACGGGGGAGAGAAAGCAGUAUGAAAAUAGCUUAGUUCAGAAGAAUGGGCUUCAGUAAAUUCUGAAAACAGAUAGGAGAGAUCAUGUGAAUAUCUAAACAGAAUAACUGAAAAGGCACUUAGGACAAUUCUUACUUCUACCUACUCUGGCUCAUUAAGGCACAAGUACAAAUUACUGUUACGUAGAUGAAGGCUAAGUAGUACAGCAAUAAAUUAGGCUGGCUAAGUAAUGAGUUUUUAGUGACCUCAAAAGAAAAAACUCUCCAUGAAUCAGAUUAACUGCCACAGAUGCUGGAAAAAUAGAGCAACAAAUAGUAACUGGAAAGGAGAGGCCAUUGAAACAAAGAAAAGCAGAAGGGAGCUGAAAACUCAAGCACAUAAGAACCAAGCCCUCUCCAAAAGGACAGGGCAGAUUAUACCAGAAAGAAGAUUUGUGGAAGCAAUAAAUCGUCAACCAUAUCAGUAUGAAAUGGGUGAUUUUCCAACAGAAUGGGAAGCAUGGAUAAGGAAGAAAAGAAAAGAUCCACCCACCAUUGAGAAAAAAAAAAACUUUAUGGAGAGUGAAAGAUUAUUGGGAGUAAUGGUGCAUUCAGAGUUACAGGACUACUGGUACCUUCAGUUUCACAAGAGACUAUUCCCUUCCAUUCUUGGAGCUGUAAUCCACUUUCAGCACGGCUUAUCAUCUAGGUUGCAAGCUGUUACUGUUACUGAGAUGUCAGAAUGUGCAGAAGUCAUCAGUUUCUGGAUGAAAAGCAGCUGCCUCAGACUCCGCAUAGGGCCACUUUGGCAUUUCCUUAAUAAAAAUACUAUGUUCUUCAAGAAAACUUUAGCCAUCACUUCCUCAAACCCUGCCUCUCUAAGGAGAGGAGGCAUGCAGCUCCAGUCGUUACAAGGAUUGAAAACCUCAGAGAGCUUACAAUAAUCACCAAAGCUGGACUCACCUGUGGUGAGUAAAAUUUCUUCUUUCAUGUUAUCUAGAAGUAAACUGUUGAACAUGUGGCUGGACUGAAUUCUUACCACAUUGCACGAAUGUUGUUCCAAAUUCUGCGAGCUGGUGCAUUUCAAAGUGAACAUCUACAUGUAGGGAUUUCAACUGGUAUAAAACAUAGCUGGAUGUCUUCGGGCAUUUUUUAAUUUAGUUUUGUAGCAUGAUCCCGUAAUCCUUAGAUUUCUCUUUUAAUAAAAAUGGUGAAGGGCAUUUCCGAUACUCUUCAGAUGCCAUGUGCCUCAUGAGAACUGCAGGUUCAAAGGGUUUAUAUAAUUUAUUUCUAUACAGUGUUGGAAGAACAAGCUAACGCUUAGAUGACUGCAGUUACCUGGUAGAUAAUGUUUUCUGUGUUGGACAGAAUGGUUUUGUAUUUCCUCUAAAGGAAGCGCACAUUACAUAUUCAUGUUCUUAGAUUUCAGAAAACUUACAUGGUGUAUUUCGAGUGGCAGUUCAUAACGAAGCUACCCAUUUUAUAAAAUAUUUCCAUUUAUCUCAGAGGAGGAGGAAAGAUAAAUGUUCUGAACUUGCCAGUGUAAUUUAGAGAAGGCAAAAAAAAGGGACUUUUUGCUCCCAGUCACUGUUCACACUAUCAAAUAGUAAGGGGUUGGGUAGCAACGGAGACUCAGAAUUAAAAUGUAGUGAGGUGCAGGUGAGCUGGAGCAGCCUAUGCUGCUAUGCAGAUUUACAGACUAUCUGUCAUGGGUAGAAGUUCGCCCCAGCAGAUGUCGGCUUCUCUACCGCUGGGUAGGAAGCCCUGUAGAACCAGGAGGUUGCCUGAGGAGGAACCUAAUGCUCGCUGUAUUUAUUUGCAGUGAGCCAUGCAGAUAAACCAAAGCCAGAUUUGGAGGAUUAGUUAUAAAGAUCCUGUACAUUUCUAGUGUGUUUUAAGGAUAAUACCUUCUAUAAAUAUGCAUGCAAUAGCUUGAUUAACAUUUGCAUUUUGAACCAAGUUGGUUUUCCUAAUCAAAUUUGGAAAUACUUGGUCUUUUAUUUAAAUGCCUGUAAUUGCAGGGAAACUUCAGUCUCAUAACUGCCUCAAACUGUAGUUGUUUUAGUGAUUGAACCAGUAGUAUUUAGAAAUACAGUCACAAUGUUUUUUUAAGGAAAAAAAGUAUAUGUUCUAGUGAGAAUUGAGAAUGAAGUAUUUGCUGGUGGUAAUAUUACAAACAGGAAGGACUUGGCGCCUGUGAGAAAAUUCCACAGAGCACAUGUGCCAGUGUGAAAGGACAAUAUGUUUAUGCUAAGAAAACUCAUGUUUGAUCCAAUUUUUCUGAUGUGUCAAUUGACACCUAAUACCUGAUUCACAUUUUCUUUAGUUUGAGCACAGGAACCCUGAUUGCAGUGUACAUGUUAGUGGUAUGAGUUUAAUGCGUGAAACGCAUGCAUGCAGCUACUUGGAACUUGAAAAAUUUUUGUCCUGAUGUGGAUUGUAUAGAAGAUUCUGAACAAACUGCAGCAGGGUUGAUUUUUGGUUUGUUUAAAUAUAUUUGCUAAUGAGGAUCGUUCCUCAUGCUUUUUCCAAGAUGAAUGUCAUUAUUCAACUAGAUCACAACUGUACUUUAGCCAGUGAAAGCUUAUUAGAAGAGCCUUAUUUGAGUCUGCAAACCAGAUGCCAAUUAUACAUCAACAUAUUAAGUGGACUUUGAGCAUUUGCAAUUUAGUUACAGCUGCUGUUACCCAACUAAGAUAACUUUGUUAAUGUAAUCACUGGAAAAGGUUUGAAGUUAGUAAGUAGCUGGUCACAGUACAUGAAUUACAUUUGUAUUUUAAUCAUUUUAUGCUGUUUUAGCAGAGACCGUGAUGCAAUCUUCAGAUAUCAUGAAGGUGUACGACCUUGUUUCUUAGUAGCAGGGUAAUAGAAGCACCACAGGAGUAAUCUCCUUGAAAUCAGUAAGGUCAUGGUAGAUUUAUACAGCCCUGUGUGUAACAAUGGUAGAAUUGAGAGAUGUUGCAAUGGGGUUUUGCUGUAUUGACUGUGACCUUGAUACACUUGACAAUAUAUUUGUGUAUAGGAGAAUUUUCUCCCCUCACCCACCUCAGUUUGCAAAUUUUUUUAUGUGCUACUUUUGUAUUUUGAUGCUACAUAGGAAUGUGAAGUGUUUUGCCUCUAUUCUGUGCAUUUGUGAAUUUAAGUAUAGAAGUAAUUAAGGACUAAGGAAAUAGUGUUAGUUUUCAUAUUUUCUCUAAGAUAAAGUUUUCUUUAAAUAUUGUCCUUUUUUCUUUUCUGUUCUUCAAUGUUCAUGUACGUGCGAUGUCAACUCUUGACAAUAUCACAUGCAUUUUAAUACCAUUCCUAAAAUAAUCUCAUGAUCUUCUGCUCAGAGAAGUGUACUGGUCUAGUUUCUCCUUAGCUCUGUAUUAUACAUGUAAUCUGGAGAAAGCUGUUCAGCCUUUUUCCUCCUGCCUCACAGUCUAAAUGUGGAUAUUAGCAGCUUCCUCAUUACAUGGUGCUGGUUGCAGUUAAGUUGUAUUUGAGUUCAAGGUGUUCUAAAAAUUCCUAUUACCUUUCUGCUUUUGUUUCUAAUACUCUUCACUAUCUGCCUUAAGAAAAGCACAGAGGUCUUGUUAGCAGAUUUGCAUAACAUCCUUCUAAUAGGAAGCGUAUACUAAUGAAUGAGAAAAAACUUCAGUAUUUUCCAGGGUGCUUUUUAUUUGUGUUUACAUUUGGAGUUUUUUGUGUUUUCCUCUGAACUAGAGCACAAGCUCUACUAACAACUGAUUUUCGAUUAGACCUGUAGACAAGCCUUUGCUUGCACUUGUUUCAACUAAUAGGCUCAGCACUUCUCAGUGGAAGCAGCCAAAUCCCAGUUUGGGUCAGCUUUUUUAGUGAAUUUCCAACUUAAACCUGUACUCAGCCAUGUUUUAGUAGAGCUUAAUGAAAUUGAGUCAGCAAGUUGUACAAGCCUUCUCUGAAUACACGUCCUGUGCAGGCUUUUUUGCCUUGCAGUAGCAUCAUGUAUCAGACAGUUGCUUCAGUUUUAGGGGCUUACCUCCACCCCUGAUAAACUAGAUUGCUUUUAUGAUUUUUUUUUUUUUUUUUACCUGUGCAGGGGCAGCAGGUGAGAAUUUUUGCCUGUUACAAAAGCAGUACGUUUAUUUUAGCUAAUAUGCCUAGUAGAUACCUAAAGUUAACAUAAAGCUUGCCUGAGCAGUGUUGUGCUUAGUGUCCUCAUCUCAAUACCCAGUUCACUUUUGCUGCCAGUCAUCAGCUGAGAAUGUGUUGGCCUCCCUUGCUUCUUGUAUCAUACUAAUCCUUGACCUUACUGAGCUGUCUUCUUGUCUCUGGGGCAGGGUUUCCCUCAGGGAAGCUGCCACAAGCCUUGUCCUAUGUUUUUUAUCCUGGGUUACUAUCUCAGUAGUUUCAAUUCAGUUCUAGCUUUUUCUUGCAUGAAUUCAUCUUAGGUACUAUCAGAGUCAAGAUAUGUCUAUUUCUCCCAAAACUGCAGCCUAGGGCCUCCCAUCAUAGGCAUAGUGAGUUACGGGAAGAAAUGCAAGUGAUAAAUAGCUAUAUUGUGGGAAGUUCUAAACAAGUUCUAGAAAGCAAUGUAAAAGGUAGCCUUACUUUUAAUGUGUUGUCAUUUUUUUUUGAUGACACUUCUUUUCCUUCGUGAUCCACUACAAUAGCGAAACCGGACACUACAAUGUGAUUUUACUUCAAUAACAUGAGCAAAACAUUAAGAACACUUCAAGGUAGGGCUAAAACUGCAUUUGUAGAAAAAAAUAAUUUCCCCACAUUUUAUUUUAGCUAUGUAUUUAUCUGAAUAUCUGGAUUGUAAAAUUAAGAAAAACAAUGACUGCUUAAAAUGUUUUUUUCAAACAUUGUGGAUUGCAUUUACUUCUAUUCAUCUAAUUAUCUUUCUACUGUGA